AUGAGCGUGGAGUACAAGGACUCAUCUGUGGCCAACAUGGACGUUGAAGACAGUAAAAUCUCCUACAAAAGACUUCUGAUGGACCCCAGCAAACUACGCUUCUCAGUUCACAGUUUGAAAGAAAACCGUAUUUGUUGGGCCGUGGUGUGUCUCGGGGUCCUCUGUCUUCUACUCUUUGCUGCUCUCAUCGGUGAAUCUGUCAACUAUCGCAAAGCACAACAGGAAAAUAUAAAAAAACUACAAAGCUUGAAUGCUGAGAAAGAUAAUAUCCAGAAAAGCAUGUACAGUGUUCAGAAAGAUAGAGGGAGUUUAGAGGAGAGACAAAGGGAGACGGAGAAGACCUUGGAGAGGACAACACAAAGAAAAAAUCAAAUUCAAGAUUCCUACAACUUGCUGGCUGAGGAGACAGGAAAGCUGAGACAGAGUGCGACUAUGUUAAAAACCAGUAAUGCAGCUCUAACUAAAGAGCUACAGCAGAUUAAUACCACUGUUGUCAAGCUACAGAGCAAUACUGAACAGCUUUCUACGGCUAAAGACCUUCUCCAGGUGCAAUUGGAGCAGGCAGUCAAACUCAAAACCACACUCGAUUCGAACUAUAAGAUUCUGUCUUCAGAGAGAAACAUCUUACAGAACAGCUUCAACAACGUCACAAGAGUCAAAGACCAACUCCAAUUGAGUUACAACAUGUUGAUGACGGAUGUGGAGAAACUGGAAAAAAGACUCCAUGUAACAUCCACUGAAAAAGACCAGGCAGAAGCUGGUCACAUGGAUGCCACAUCAGAAAAAAACCUACUGCAAGACAUGUACAAUGUUCUGGUCAAGGCCACAGAGCAGCUGAACUCAUCGUACAAUAGUUUGCUGAUGGAAAAGCAGGAGCUAGAGAAGAGUUGUGAGUCAGUUCGAGUGGAAAGAAACUCCCUGCAGGAGAAGAAUGGGAAUCUGACAGAGGAGAGGGACCAGCUACAGGUGCAAGUGGCUGAACUCAACGCAACCCUUGCAGCAAAGAAAUGUCCAUUUGGCUGGCAAUCGUAUAAGCAAAGCUGUUACUUCACUUCAGCAACUAAGAAGAAUUGGCGAAACAGCAGGGACUCCUGUAAGAGCAAAGGGGCUGAUCUGGCAGUUAUUACAUCACAGGAGGAAAUGACAUUCAUUAACGGGCUGUACUCCAGUGACAAGGAGGUUUGGAUCGGGCUGUCUGAUGAUGGCAUAGAGGGACACUGGACAUGGGUGGACGGGACACCGCUGAACCCUAAUGCUACCUUCUGGGGGGAUGGACAGCCCAACAGCUACAACGGCCGCAACCAGGAUUGUGUGGAGUUCUGGCACCGUAAAACUGGAAACGGGGAGUGGAACGACGAGAGCUGCAAGAUCGAGCAGUUCUGGAUAUGUGAGCUGCAGUAA